CUGUUUGUGUCAUUCUCUCUCUCUCUAUAAAGUCAAAAAAAGAUAAGCCUUUCUCUUUAAUUAGAAAAGAAAUCUUCCAAUAGAGAGAUUACGUUUUCUAAAGUCUGGGAGAAAUCAUUCUGGAGUUCAUUGAGAGAGAUCGAGAUAAUUGUGUCAAAGAGAAGAUUCAUGGCUGUUUCUUGUAUCAGACUCUACUUAGUCUCUGCUAUCUUGCUCUUAGGGAUUAUUAGUUCAUCUUUCAACUUGCAGGGAAUUGCAGCAGAAAAUCUUACCAAGCAGAAACUGACAUCACGGAUUCUUCAGGACGAGAUUGUAAAGGAAGUCAACGAGAAUCCAAACGCUGGAUGGAAAGCUGCUUUCAAUGAUCGGUUUGCAAACGCCACCGUUGCAGAGUUUAAGCGCCUCCUCGGUGUCAAACCAACACCAAAGAAGGAAUACUUAGGUGUACCUAUUGUAAGCCAUGACAGAUCUCUGAAGCUUCCAAAAGAAUUUGAUGCUAGAACCGCUUGGUCACAGUGCACCAGUAUUGCAAGGAUCUUAGAUCAGGGUCACUGUGGUUCUUGCUGGGCAUUUGGUGCUGUUGAAUCAUUGUCUGACAGAUUCUGCAUCAAAUAUAACAUGAAUAUAUCUUUAUCUGUCAAUGAUCUCUUAGCAUGCUGUGGAUUCUUGUGCGGACAAGGUUGUAAUGGUGGAUACCCAAUUUCUGCUUGGAGAUACUUUAAGCACCACGGUGUUGUAACCGAAGAGUGUGAUCCAUACUUUGACAAUACCGGCUGCUCUCACCCGGGAUGUGAACCCGCAUACCCAACACCAAGAUGUGUGAGGAAAUGUGUUAGUGGAAACCAGCUUUGGCGUGAAUCAAAACACUAUGGUGUUAGUGCCUACAAAAUCAGAUCUAACCCUCAAGACAUCAUGGCAGAAGUUUACAAGAACGGACCUGUCGAGGUUGAUUUCACCGUUUACGAGGACUUUGCGCAUUACAAAUCUGGAGUGUACAAGCACAUAACUGGAAGUAACAUUGGAGGCCAUGCUGUUAAGCUUAUUGGAUGGGGAACUUCUGAUGACGGCGAAGAUUAUUGGUUGCUUGCAAAUCAGUGGAACCGAAGCUGGGGUGAUGAUGGUUAUUUCAAGAUCAGGAGAGGAACAAACGAAUGUGGUAUCGAACACGGUGCUGUAGCUGGUUUACCCUCAGACAGGAACGUAUUUAAAGGUAUUACUACAUCAGAUGAUCUUCUAGUUUCCUCAUUUUAAAUUAUAUUCAGACAACGAAAGAGGUCUCUAUACACUCUGUAAUAUACUAUAAGCUGCCACGAUGUUGUUGUUCCAGUGAAAGAAUCAAAACAGUUGAAAACCCAAGCAAAAGUAUGUAUCUACACAUAUAGCUUUUAGAUAUUGUUCAUAUUCAGUUUUACAAGUUUCCUAUAUUUAUAUUCUAAU